AUGCUCGGAUCAGUCCUCGUAGCCCUCACGGCGGCGGCCGGGGCCGUGGCCUCGCCGCUGGACCUCAUCACGCGGUCGACGCCGGCGGGCACGGGCACGAACAACGGCUUCUUCUACUCCUUCUGGACGGACGGGGCCGGGCAGGUGACGUACAACAACGGCGACGCGGGGUCGUACGACGUGACGUGGCAGAACGUGGGCAACUUCGUGGCGGGCAAGGGGUGGAACCCGGGGGCGGCGCGCGUGGUGACGUACAACGGGACGUGGAACGGCGCGAGCGUGAACAGCUACCUGUCGGUGUACGGGUGGACGCGCAACCCGCUGAUCGAGUACUACGUCGUCGAGUCCUUCGGCACGUACAACCCGUCGAGCGGCGCGUCGAAGCUGGGCACCGUCGAGAGCGACGGCGGCACCUACGACGUCUACCGCACCCAGCGCGUCAACCAGCCCUCCAUCGACGGCACCUCCACCUUCUACCAGUUCUGGUCCGUGCGCCAGCAGAAGCGCGUCGGCGGCAGCGUCACCAUGCAGAACCACUUCGACGCCUGGGAGAGCGCCGGCCUCCAGCUGGGCACCCACAACUACCAGAUCCUCGCCACCGAGGGCUACCAGAGCAGCGGCUCGGCGCAGAUCACCGUCGAGCAGUCGUAG